GGGGGAUCAGCUCUCUGUUCCUCCGCCUCCUCCAUCAAACACGUGUCCCACGGGCUCACCUUAUCUUCUUCCUCACCGCACCUUCUCUUCCCAUCUCCAUCGCUCUCCCACGCGACCUGCUCGUGCUCCUGGCCGCGUCCAGCGACCUGCUCGCGCUCCUGGCUGCCGGCGGUCGUCCUCCUCUGCUCCGGCACCUUCAUCCCUCACGCCGGCUUUGUUCUCCUCCGCGGCGGCGGCCGCGCGCGGCAGCCCUUUCUGCUCUGCGCCGAUCUCCUCGCAUCGAUCUCCUCGCAUCGAUCGUAACUCGCCGUACUCGCCAUGGGACGCACUAGUGCUGCGAGGACAUGGGAGGCGGUCAGGACGGCCACGCUGCUAUAAGUGGCGGCGGCAACUGCUACGCCCGGGCCCGGCAGGUGGCGCUGCUACAAGUGGCGGCGUCCUCUGCUACAUCCGGCCGGCGGCGAUGCUACCGACGGCGGCUGCAAGUAGGGCGAUGGGUCCUGCCGACCGGCGGCGCUGCUAUAAGGGGCGGCGUCGCCUGCUACGUCUGGCCAGCGACGAUGCUUCAGAAGACGGUGGUGGCGCAGCAAGUGGCGGUGGCAUCUGCUUCGUCCCUGCUGGCGGCGCUGCUACGUCUGGCCGGCGGCUCUGCUGCAAACGACAGCGGCGGCUGCCGCCCGACCGGCCACGCUGCUACCAAAGACCGGCGGCAACACCUGCUACGUCCGGCCGGCCGCGCUGCUACAAGUGGCCGCGGUGCCUGCUACGUUCGACCGGCGGCGCCGGCUACCAUAGGCAGGCGGCUCUGCUGCAAGCGGCGGCGAUGCCUGCUACGUCCAGCCAGCGACGCUGCUACAAGCGGUGGUGGCGUCUGCUACGUUCAUCUGGCGACGGUGCUACCAGCAACACCGCAGGCGUGCAGGGCUGCAGGCGUGUUGCUGCUAGCCAUGGUAGGGGGUGCUGACGGCGGCGGUUGGCCGCGCUGGUCGACGGGGCGGUGGUGCUACCGGCGAGCGCUGCUGCCUACGAGGACGGCGGUGCUGCGGGCCAGAACGGCGGUGCUGCCGAUGAAGACGGCGGAGCUGUUGGUGCAGUGACUAGCGACAUGGCAAGUAGGAUAUGGCGUUGGCCACGGUUCUGUUGAGACCGGGCUGCCUCAUGGACGACACAACCAUGAAGCACAAGAUGCUGCUCACGGAUGUCAACUACCGGUGUUCGUGGUACUCAAUGUGCUCCAGAACCUGAGAGUUCGCUUGCACUUCCAAGGAGAUGCAGCGGUGGAUCGAUGGUCAACCUAAGCCCUGGCACGGAAGCCCAGGAGAUCGCCGGAGCUGACCACAUGGCCAUGUGCUCAAGAACCAGGGAGCUCUAUGACGUUCUGCCCAGCAUCGCCAACUAGACGAGAACUAAAAUUUCAGACUGAAAUCAUUGUGAACGCCAGCGAAUGAUAGGGUCUCGAACUACCAGAUGGAAGAUUACCAACACAACACGUGUAUACUUGUUGUUCUGGUUUUUGGUGGAUGUUUCAUUAGAAAACUGAGAGAGAAUAACGCAUAAUGAUCCGAUUCACUCGAUUCAAUUCAACCUAGCACGAUCUAGCAGCUUGACAGUA